ACUAUUGGCACUUCAGUGGGAAACCAACUGCGAAGAACACCAUGAAGACUAUCUUUGUACUAGCCUUCCUAAUCGGAGCUACAAUUGCCGUGGACUACUGUGCCCUACCCACAUGUCUGGAUAAGCAUAUUGCCUGCAACAACAAAGGGAACUUUAGUGAGAACUGCCCAAAGGAUGUCCGAGAAGUGAAAAUUGAUGCCCAUCACAAGUUGAUCUUAUCCCUGUUCAACGAACUCCGUAACAAUGUGGCAGGAGGUAUAAUGGAAGGCCUUCCCAAAGCCAUUCGAAUGGCCAAGAUGUCCUGGUGCGAGGAGCUGUCUCACCUGGCCUUGCUCAACGUAAAGACCUGUGAAUCCCUGCCAGACAAGUGUCGCAGCACGGAGAGGUUCGCCUAUGCCGGCCAGAACAACGCCAUAUUUCACUACAGUGGAGCGGAGAGCGAGUAUACCGACUCCGAGAUAAUUAAGGAGCAGAUCGAGAACUGGUUCGCCGAGCGCCUUAAUGCCUCCCCUGAGAUCCUGGCCAGCUUCCCCGAGGAGCUGCCCAACAAGGCAGUGGCCAAGUUCACCAUCGCCGUGGCCGAGAAGAACACCCAUGUGGGCUGUGCCGCUGUGCGCUUCUCUCGCGACUUCUACAACCACUUUGUGCUCACCUGCAACUUCGCCACCUCCAACAUCGUGGGUCAGCCCGUGUACACUCCCGGCGAGAAGUCCACCACCGGCUGCAAGAACCGCUAUGGCGCCGCCUUCGACUAUCCCAACCUGUGCUACGCCAAGGAGAUCUAUGACAACGAGAAGGUCGUCGAGGGCACUCAAGUGUUGUAGGCAUCGAUCAAAUUGGAUUGACAGAAUAAUUAGAAAAAUAUAAUGGGGCUAUAUGGUUCACCUUUUUAACUUUUGUAGUAAUAUGCAACAGGAAUAAAUUCAAAAUAAGUAAA